AACAAAACAACUUCCAAAAUCAGCUAUCCAAAGUGAAAGAGAUGAGCUCCGGCGGCUUCACAGCUCCGAAGGGAUACCGAUACAAUCCCUCCGACGAGGAACUGUUUAGCGACUUGGAGCAGAAGAAUCACUGCAAGGACUCCCAGAUCACGACCAUCAUCCCUGAUAUCGAUGAUGUGUGCAAGUACGAGCCUCGCCAGCUACCAGAACUGGCCUUCACAAGGGCUGAAAAUCUAGUGGGGAAGUUUUUCUUUUUCUUCUUCUUUUGGAUUAUAAGGGAAGAGUCUUGGCACAGUCAGAGAAAGUGGUAUUUCUUCACUCGGCUUGAUUACAAGUACACCAACAGCAGUCGCGUCAACAGGACUACAGGGGAAGGGUACUGGAAGAUCACAGGAAAGGACCGCGCAAUCAAGGCCCCGGACUCCAAGGCUGUGAUUGGGAGAAAGAGGACCUUGACAUUCUACAAACGUGGAGUGCUGAAAGCCCAGAAGAACUCCCAGAAGACCGGCUGGGUUAUUCAUGAGUAUUUUCUCAUUCAGGAAAGUUGUGAUCCUCCUAAGCAGAUUGGGGAAUAUGUUGUCUGCUGCUUGAAGUACAAGUCAGAUAACUCUGAUCAUGAUAAGGAUGCCCCAUUCUGCAAUCGAGGAAGCAGUAGCUGCAGUAUGGCCUUCAAUGUUGAAAAUCAAGCUGAAGAAAAUUGGCUAUCCGAAGAUCUGCUUAAUGUUGUUCCAAUUCCUAAUGGAAAUGAAAGUGAAACUGUUGGUGGCAUGAUUACAGAAGAAGAAGAAUACCUGGCAUUAAAGGAGCUGGAAGAUGCUCUUCAGGUUCCCAUAGGCAAUCCGCAUGAAUUCGAAGGCAUGCAAACUGAUCCUUGUUGUAUAGAACAGAAUGAUCAUUCAACCUCUGUCGAAGGCCGACCUGAUAGCAGCAAUUCAUCUGAUAUGAUUGAUGAGCUACUAGAUGACCCGGAAAAUCUGGAUUCACUCUUUGAUCCACCUGCUCCACGUCAACUGGAUCAGCUACACCAGUCACCAAUGUAUACCACCGAUGUUCAUAAACAUGAGUGCCGUAAGAGGCCAUAUUCCUUUGAGCAUGAUGACCCUUCUCUUCCGAAAAAGAAUAACAUUUCAACCGACGAUGGUAACAAUGUUAGCAACAACGCAUCUAAUUCUGAAAGUCAAGCUACAAAUGUGAUUCCAAAGGAGUAUUCUCAACCGGGAGCAAAUGUGGGAUCAGACUUUGAUUUGUUUCUUCCAAAGGAUUAUGUCUGUACACAACCAUCAAUAAACGGAGGACCGAGAGACUUUUCCAAUGACAAUAAUUAUAUUGAGUUGGAUGAUUUGCUAUCUUUUUACCAAGGUAUUGACUCUUCUCUCGCAGAGUUCUCAGAUAUAGUUAUUGAUGGAGGUAGAGGAGUAACCAGUGACAGAAACACUUCAGUAGUACAUGGAUCUGAAAAUGAUUAUUCUGCAUUAGCCUCUGGAGCAUCGCUCCACCAUAGCUAAUCAACCAUUAUUUAUAGGAGAAUAUCAGAGGCCUCGGUAAUAAUGUGUCUCCAACCCACAUUAUUUCAGUAGGUGAUAUUCUCCUACAAAUGGUUCAAAGAUCUCCAAGUUAUAUGAAAUGCCUAGCUGUGUUGAUUGACAUACAAUCACAGCUUUUCUGCAUUUCUUGAACUGGAGGCUUUGGAAUCUACUUCAUCGUUUCGGCAUUCAGAUUACAACUCAGGACGGCUGCA